GAACAGAGAUUUGCGUGUGUUCCAUCUUGUGGGAAAAGCUGGAAUCGUAUUUAUUCACCAACUCAUUUCGUGUGUUAACAUGUAUCACUUCCUGAUGGGACUUUAAAUGAAUGGGCGGGUGUUGUUCCUGCUGCCGCUCUGAGAAAGUAUGCUCAUCAGCCGGAUGCAAACAAUCUUGGAGACGGGGCAAGUUAUCGCCCCAUGUUACUUAUUCUUCGGAUGACGUAUCGGAUGCACAUCAGAAACCAGUUGUUGCGGCCGAAUCUCGUUCGUCCGAUGCUGACAGGACAAGUCGCAGCACUGAAGGCAAGUUGGUCACGUCGCAGCCUGCUGACAAUUUGCAGCCAGCCAGUCGAAAUUUUGCCACUUACAGUAGACUGCUGGUUCAUUCACAGGAAGCUCAGAAAUCAUCAGAGAUUACAAAAGUGUCUUUCUCCACUGGACUCACUAACGAUGCAUUUUCUGUUGUUAGAAAGGGUCCAACAGCGAGAUUAUUACCAGAAGACAUUCAAAGACGUCAACACGUUAGCAACACUUCCGUUCCUGGUGAUAUUGGACGCUCAUCUCAAGUGAAUUUCGACACUUCUAACAAUGCACUCCCCCAAUAUCACAACAUGUCUUCCGACUCAUCGCAAUUUCGGCACGUGUACAGCCUCCUGACUACAGAAAACCUCGAUUUACGUGAAUUGGCUUUGACUAUGCCCAGUCUGAAGGCACUGCUGCAUGAUCAAGCCCUAGCGGCGGACAAUACUGGUUUUUUAGUUCAGUGUUUGCGGUCAAUUAUAAAUCGCGUGGGGAGUGUGCUUGAACGGUCUACUGCAGGAGCGACCUUUUGUUUGACUAUGGAAGAACGCAUGCGCUUGAAAGAGGCGUUGCAUCUGGCCAAGCUUCCAGUUCCCAUGGGAACAGCUGACUUACCAGAACUGUCCACUGAUGCUUCCGUGUUGGAUCAUUCACAAACAGGGACUAGCGCAUGGCUGUUAGCGACACUGGAGCAGGUUGCUUCUGAGAAACGGCUGCCAAGAGAUCGGUAUCUGCAACUUAGGUACAAAUUACAGAUUAUUGUGGAAUCGGCAAGCAAAUCCAUAAAUGGCUAUACGCAGGUUUCCCCUGAGCCUAUUAUAAAGGACAUCGAAGCACUUCUGAAGGCUAUGGAUCUGCAGUCUUGCACGAGUCCUGAAGUACGGAUUGAACAACCUUUGGCGCAGGCGUCAGGGUAUUUGGUUGAUGGCUUUAAGACUUUCCGAUCGUUACUUGAUUCAAAAAUAAUGAAGGCUAGCCUAAUAGCUCUGUACAACGCGUCGAGGUCGUCCGAUUGGCGUUAUGAUCCUUACAUUGUUCUGGAUGCUUUGCAAGCCGCGACAGUGGUAGAGGCUAUGCAGACCGCAAAUCAUGAGUAUCAAUUCAACCCUAUUUUGAGAUUGACUGAGGCAAAGGAACCACGAAAUUUAUGGUCUCUCUCAGCUGAGCUAGUCAGGCGCAUGCAGCUCAGUUUAAGCAACCACUUCGCAAACAACGGUUCCACGGUAUUGAGACUGGAUCCCAAGGAAGCUUUACUAAUUCAACAUGUCCUAACAACUGUGCUGAACGCCAAUGGAUUCGAAAGGACGCCAGAAGAGAGCGAGAUGGACGCAACAUUUUUCAAAUUCUGUGCUUCUAACUCUGUGACUAAAGAGGACGACAGAUCGACUGACGUUCUUAGUCCUAUUUUUGAAAAUGGUACACCUGAAUCCAGCAUCUGUGAGGGUGAAAGUACCUCACCACAUUCGUACCAAUUUCGUUCCUCGCCAACGAAUUCGCAUGGAUUGAACAACACCAAUUAUCAUAAGUUUGAUGUAAAAAUAGAGUCUGCCUGCGUUUCAUCAACGAAAGGCAAGUCGCCGCUAUCAGUGGACAUAUCUUCAAUGACUAAUGAGACACCAGAUAAACUUCAAAACUCUCAUUUGCAUACGACAUUGGAAGAUGACAACCUUUCAGUGUCCGUAAACAGUGGUAUCGUUAGUUCAAUUUUAGCAUAUUUACGCCUUAAGAAGUUGCCGAAGUUGACAACUCCGACCUCAUCUUUGACAAGUGAUUGCUUUGCAGCGCCAAUCGAACCAUUAUUAUGUGCCUUAGACUCCCGCUUGAAGGAUUCAACUCAAACACAAGUAUCGCUUUCGACAACAGAAUUGGAGAUGCUACGUAAUGCUAUGUCAGAUGGUAAUCCGUAUUCCAGAAUACUUACUAAAUGCUUGGAAAAGGUUACUUUGAAUGAAUCCUUGCCUCACGUAUCCACAAGUAUCACGCAUCAACUGGAAACUCUACCAAGUAUUGCUGAUAUCGCUGAACUUCCUGGCACUCUGGCUGGCGUUCAUUCAGCACGUCUACUUCACAUAUCAAAAAUACUGGAAAGUACUGUUGGUGAGAACCUACCCUCCGAAUACACUCAUGAAUUCGCAAAUGUAGUGCUGAGUCAAGCCCCCGCGAUCGGUACUCGUGAAUGUAGCCAAUUAUUCGCCACUGCUACUGAAAUUCAGCAAAAGAAUAUCACCGUCAAAGUGACACCCGAACUGAUACAACAGUUCAAUACAUUAAUUCGAGCUCGUGAUGAGUUUUCGGAUGACACUCUCCCAUUGAGCGCUUUGACAUCACCGCCAAGGAGCCACAGUCAGCACUCAGAGGAACAUGACCACGGAGCCGUAAUUGGGGACAUUGGAGAUGACAGAAACAAGGAACUUGAGAAACCUAAGCUCGUUUCCUCCUUAGUUGCAAUUCACACGUUAAGUAGUGCUGCGGCUUGUCUACAACAUCAUCCAGAAAAUGCCUUCAAUUUUACAGGAGAACAAUUGAAUACUAUUCGUUCCUGUUUGCUGUCUGUCGCAAAAUCGUAUCCAGCGGUCGGUCCCCAGCAGCAAGUGGAGUUUAAUGAUAGCCGACAGAUUUGCUUGCUUAUAAAACAUGUCGCUGCAAAAGUAUUAAAGUUGCCAUCGUAUCAAUGGGAAACACAGUCAAUUGUGAGAAAGCUUAGCGACAGUGCUACCCUGGCGAUUCCAACAGUCUACUUACAACAAGCAUUGUUCUCCGGUAUCCUUGUUUGUUGUAUGCAGCGGUAUCCGGUUGCAGCAGACAGGCUCAGCGAUCUACUUCGACUCAUUCAGCGGACCGCGAACAAUUCUGGUAGCAAGUUAUGUCCCGAGGAUAGAUUACUUUUGCGUUGGUUUGCUCAAACUGUGGCUAAGGCAUUGCAACCGAAUGACCAGAAAGUAGACCUGCAUGAUGAGGAAUUUUCAGCACGGUUCACAGCGAAAGAUGAGGAUGCUACCUCAGCAUUACAAACGGCUGCAUCCUUGUUGGCUUGUGUGACACAACGCUCCCUUGCGGAUCUCAACUUUCAACACGUAUGCUCUGAAUUUAACUUGCUAUCUAAGCUUUCAGAAGCCGCUGAAAAGGGCAAUUUAUCUUGGGAUCCCGGUCAGUUAGACUGCUUUGGAGCUGAAUUUGAAGGCAAUAAAGUACAGGAGAAAGCGGACAGUGGCAAUCUCCAGUCAGCAAAGGAGGUAGGAGAGGACAGUCAUGUAACCACAGCAGCAAAGGUUAAUGGAGAAUUAAGCAGUGCAUGCGUACCAAUAGCAGAAAGACCAACAGAACUCUACGCAUGUGAAGAAACUUCUGUCCUACCCAGCAGUCAGGAAGAAGUUGCUAAGGUUUACCAAUCAUUUGUGAAAGUGCAGCACGUUCUGGACAGGCUGAUGUGUACCGAUAAUUUGGAUACUGAUGUUGUGCUUUUAGCCCCAGAGGAUAGUGAACUUUUGGUGGCAUGUUUACAAACUGCAAAGCACAGUCUGCCAGAGGUAGAAACUCCUCCUGUAUUCAAACAGUUUGCUACCCAGCAGCAGCUUGAAACUUACACGUCGGAUCACCAGAACUUGGGACCACUAACAUUAAGUCAAAUUUCGGAGCUCCGGGGUUAUGCGACGCACGUGAUACGCACGGCACAACGGAGAUUGGAUGCUGAUUUAAAACGUGUCAUGGAGGAAUGUUUUCGUGACGAAGACUUGGAAAACUAUAGGCAAGUGUUGCAACCACUGAUGGCUCGCCCGGACUGCUUGCAAGACGAAUUGACCGCUGAUGGAUUUGAUUCAAUAGGCUUACCAACUGCACGUGUAUCUGAGUCAGAAGUGGGCGAUCGGUCACAGAAAGCGGCCAUCUCUAACGGCACCUUCGUUCAAUACAGACAAAAUAGUCUUACGUUAAAACCAGCUUUACUUUUGAAAUUGUUGCAACUAAGGCGAAAGCUCGCACAUACCUCACAGGAGUUAGGUGGUCUAACGAGGGCAGAAAAAUGUUUUGGCGCGUUCGUAUUACGUCAUACAAUUGCACAAGCCGAUAUGCGGGACACGUCAGACGCAACAGUAGCCACCCAGGAAAUGGUCUCGGAAUUGACGCGAGCAGCUGAGAUGGACCACCCCCUAGAUCCUAAAAUGAUCCAGAUAUUAUCGAGCCAGCUAGAUGAUUGCAUUCAACAACUGACCAAGCAAGUACGUGAUGAAGUCAGCGAAGCAACCCGCAACUCGCAAGGUUGUGCAACUGAGCAAGACGCCGUGGGACUUUUUGGUGCCGUGGCCACAUUGAUUUGGUCUCAAGGAGAUGAGGGUCCUUUGAGUUCUGCAGCCAGUUUAACUGAGCAGGUGAAGACAGUUGGAUCAAUAUCCCAGUACUUCGGUCCUGCCAUCUAUCAAUUGGUAGAAGCACCUUUGUCGUUAUCACCGUCGUUGGCCCUCUCAGAACUUCAACAAGCUGCGGACGACAUCAUUGAAGUCUCAACCCCGGUUAAGGACCCAAUAAUUACUGAACCCGCCAUAAUUGCGAAGUUAUUUGUUCACUGCGCCCGUGUCGCUCAGUUUUCACAUGUGGCUGGGAUUUCGUCAUGGUAUUCUAUGGAUACACUUGCGGGUCAGUUGCUCGAAUCGGUUCUUCAUUCGACACCUAUUCCAAGGACACUGAUAGAACGCAUCCAAAAUCAGGUUUCGGAUAUUUCGUCCGUGGCUAGAGAAGAAACGAUAAAGUCUCUAAAAGAUAGUUUUGCCAUGAUCAGACAAUCCGUCGAUUCGAUGUAUGACCGUCAUCUAGACAGCGAAUCUUCCACAUCUCCCAUUUCAGAAGCACAGCACGAUGUCGAUCAGAGGGGCAUGAUUACGGUACAAGGGACAGAUUGUGAACUCCUCACUAAUUCUCUUGAAUUGGUUUUGUACAGUGAUAUUCAUCCGUCAAAAGCCAACCUAAUGACGCUCACUGGUGUACUUCAACAACUUCGCGUAUGUAGUUCCUUGAUACAACUUGAUCCGUGUACAGCCAGGUUUGUGGCGGAAGCAUUAUCAGACAGUAUCAUGCUGCUCGGUAGCAAGCACCAGAAGGUGGACCGAAUGGACUCGAAAAGUGAUGAUGAUCAAAACAUAUCCAUCCGACUCCCUACGUUGGAAGCGAAACAUACUGUGACACCGGAAGAAGCGGUGGAUUUACUUGAAUCCAUAAUCACGUUGAAUAACGACAAAAUCGUUAAAACUUGUCUGACCUGUGACCAAAGAUGUGCUCUUCACAUGCUCAAAAAUAAGCUGAUUCGAGCAAAUCUGGACAACCAUACAACACUAAUGUCCGAGCUAAGUAACCUAGUGGGUGAGCCAGUGCAGAACCUCUUUGAACAGAUCAAUCAAGUUCGCAAUCAGCAAGAAGCUGAUCAGAGGAAUCAGCUGAUCCAUCGACUCGAACUCAUCCAAGCCAUAGCCAUGGAAGUGCAAACUGAAUAUCCGGAUUCUUUGUACACCAAAGUUAUGAGUCCAACACAACGCAUCGAUCCAAGUACCACCGGCCAGCUUCAUCGAUGUUUGCUUAAUGCAAUGCAUAAAAAUCCACCAACCCUUUUCACCAUGCUACCUUUAUUAAGCGUUAAUUUGGAAUUAGAAAACAGUAAAGACAUCACAGAUGGCUCAGUGGAUCCACCCGACACACACCAAGCCUACGUGCCAGUGGAUAUUUCUUUGGCCGAAUUGAAAGCGGUCACCAGCUUUCUUCGUUGCAGUCCAACAGGAAACCCAAGUCUGACGGAGCAGCUGGCGGCACUUGUAUGCAUUCAAAGAAUGAUGGACGGGACUCCGUUGUGGCCUUCCGAAGCCGCGCUUUUACUAGCAUCCUUACAAACACUUGCCGGUGCGCAUGACGUUGCCAGGCGGCAGUUACUGUGUGAGUUAGAAGAUUUCAAGAAUCGACUAAUCGCCUGCGCAUUUUCUGGUGAAAACGAGGAUGAAUUGUAUGAAGGUGCAGGGUUCGAACUGACAGAGGACGAUUGCAAGCAACUGCGAUCCCUCCACCGCGUCUGCGAGAUCUCAGUGACCAGAAAAGCUCGACAGUUCAUACAGAACGCUGUUGAAUGCUGGUCAUCUGAAAAUAAAGAACAUCCGCUAGAGGCAAACAGGCUGCAGAUCAUGGAAUCUCUCCGCAUUGUAUUGCUCUAUUUAUCACGUCGGGUAUGCAUCACUUUAGAUGAGACUAUCCUUCUAAACCGCAUCACUGCAAUGGUUAGUUCUGGCAUCUUAACCUCCGAGGCCGUAAGCCUUCUUCGAGAGUUGCUGAACACCGAUAAGCUCUUUGCUCUCCACGAAAUGGGGACAACGGAGGAGGAGACCAGUUCACUUCCUGUUCACUCGAACCGCGUGCCUCAUGAUGGCUUCACCGUUUUUAUCCCAGACAUGUUGGAGCAGUUACUGGGGAACGAUGAGACGGAGGAGUCUCUACCACCAGGUUCAUUAUUCUUAUUGUUUAACCUGCUCCACGUCAUCACAGUGGUGACUUCCAGGCCGGACGGUGAAAAACUGGCAUCCAAAUGGGUUGCGCACCUGAGACGAUUGGUUUGGCGUGUUCUAAACUCAGCUUUGCUAGGUUACUCAAUGAAGUUGGAUGUACGUAGCCGCACAUUGGCACUGGUGGCAUGCAAACGUUACAGGACCGUUCUGGCUAACGAAGCGGAGAACGCUGCAGAUGAAGUUUUGAGCGCUCUGAGUGAUUCAAAAGAUUUCAAUGAACUUAGCUUUGAAGAACGGUGGAAAAUCGCUGACACGCUGAGUGUAGCCGUGGUUGCUCCAUUGCGAUACGGCUUCACUCCGGUCAGAGUCGGUUUCUUAGCCAAACUCGCUCAAGCGCUUCGUUCGUUGGGCACGGGGAGCGUCUUCACUUUGUCGGAAAAUCAGCUGAUGGUAGCCACACUGUGCAACAUUAGAGAUCAGCAGCAUAUGUGUGCGGAAGUUUCAGUGAAUACAGCCGACAUGUUGAUUGGUUUACAAACGAUCGAACAAUACAUGGACGACUUUAUGAGUAGCUCAGAUGAGAAUAUUUGUCUGGAUCUUUCAGACUCAGCUACCCUGAAUGCUGCUUUGCAAUGUAUAUUGACUACCAGCGCCCAGCCCACACAGUCCGAUUCCUGGGACAUCGAGGAGCAGUCCGACGGCUCAACUAAGCACCUGACUGCAUUAGGUACAGUCUGCGCAUUUCUGUCCGCCGCCUCAGUCAGUGAAACAAACUGGACUGCUGCAUCCCCACUAACUCAAAGUUUUCACAUAUUGAAAGGAGAAUUUCGAGAAAUUCAAGAGUUAGUCAACUUUUGGAAAACGCGAUUACUUCUCGACUCACAAAAGCAACGAACAGCGAGCAUUCGCAAACUUUCCGUCAGCAACGAAUGUGACAUCACCGCCGACAUGAACAAUGUGGAACUAGCUAACGCCCUUCAACUGUCCGUACUGCACGGCCAACCACAGCACCCAUACGACUCUCUGGUCUGUAUACAUACAUUGGCAAAUUUGUGCAACAGUCCUGCUGCUGAGUACAUUAGCAUCUCAGAUACUCUGAGAGAUGCUCUGCGGCUGACUUUGUGCUCUACGAAAACUGCAAACGUCGCCACCAUACUUGACCCCAGCCUGGUAGCCUCUGUAUUCUCUGUGAAUAGCCUGAUGUAUACCUCCCUAGAACUAGACACUUCAACUACUAACAACGUACUGGGCAUCUGUGCUGAACCCACAGCUAUCGCCUCGUGGACUACUGGGCUACGGUCGAUCCUGAGCUUUCUUGAGAACCACCAUUCUGUACUAGAACACCAAUCUCACAUCCUUCAACGUAUGGAGCGUAGAAUGCGAUAUAGUGCGGCCAAGUUGGAGACAUACUGGAUAUCAACACCGGAAAGCGAAGCCGUGCAACAGGUGCUGGAGCACCUCCUGAUUCAGAUGAGCGAGCACAUGAUCCAACGGCUGCGGUCUCUUCUGUGCGAGCUGGAGGAAGGGUCUAACCGGUUGAGUUCAGUGCAACAGCAAGAAAUGCUCCAAAUGUUGCGUAUCUAUCACCUUAUAGGAUCACCUUUAUCACAGCGGCAAUAUUGUGCUCUGGUGCAGUUACUAGACCACCUCACGUUCGAUCGUCUCAUGUGUGUCACUCAACAGCACAAAGCGGAAUUGAAACAACUUAUUCAAUCAUUUACACCGACUCGAAAUAGAAGUAUGCCACCUAGAUACCAUCUAAGCAUGAUACAAGUCUGUCUGAAUAAUUUGCUAAAAAACAACUCUCCACUACUCAACGUUACUUCGUUCCCACUUCGUCUCAAUUGCAGAGAAGCAGCGCUCAUUCUUACCGUAAUACAACAGCUGUGUUCUGCUGGAGGUAGUUGUUCUUCUGAACUGACCAUGUUACAGUCUGCUCUUUGUUACUGCAUCGCAGCCGGGGAACCGUUCACGCUGCAUAAUGUCUUGUCUGUGGAGAGUAAACAAAGCAUUCUUGACAACUUGAGAAAUUGUAGCAAUGUCUUGUUGGACCAACUGAAAGACAACUCUGCUCAGACAAGUUUGGACUCGAUUGACAUAGACCUACUCAAAGCAUUCACCGACCGCUUGUUCUGUGUUACAGAGACUGAGAUGGAUGUAAGUUACGUGUGGAGGUUAUUGGAACUUAUCAGUCAUGUGCUUCCGACUGACUCAUAUGGACAAAAUGGUCGCCGAUUACGAAGAAUCGCCCCUGUGGAACAAGAAAGCAUAGAGGACAAUGACCUGUCAGUUGCAAAUAGCGUUGCUUUCAAUGCAAUCCAACAGAUAGAGAAUCUAUGCGAUGCGAACAACGCCAUUAACAGAGUUGAGAGGAUUGUUGGCUUGCUAAAGCAGGUACGCGUUUUGAGACAACACAGCAGGCAGCUAAAGUUAAACGAAGAGGAUGAAGAUCGUCUACACCAUGCGGAGCAAAUGAUGUUCCAAGCGGCCCUUGCACAUGUACAAACUCCAUCCUCCACGGAACAUUCAGCAAGAUCGUUCAAUUUUGAUUUGGUAAAACAAGUGGUUUCCAGAGUAGUAGAACAAUUAUCUUGUCCAACUAAGCCGAUAAGUUCAACUGAUUCUUUGGGACCAUCGCCUUUGGCUGAGAGCUCAACCUCAGUAGCCACAGGUACACAGCCAACCGGAAAACCCGCCUCAUCUGGGCUCAGUCAGAUGCAUCAGUCAAGCACAAUUCAAGCUCUUGAUGAAGUGUAUAAAGAAUAUGGAAGAAUACUUACUCUAUGCAACUCUCCAACUUUACAACCAGAGUCGGUGGUUCAGUUAACUACCUGCGUAGAUGCUCUGCACCGGGCCACUUAUCAAAUGUCACCCGGGUUAAAAGAGGUUGUUCAAUUUUCGCCCACAGAGAAGUCAUUGCUACAGUCUCUGCAAGCAGCGGCAGAUCAUAACCAGAGUUACGAGUUAAGCGUCGAUGCAACGGACGUGUUGCAAUCCCUCGGUCAACGACUAGCCACCAUGGCGAUCCAAUCUAACCGAAACGUUUUGAGGGAUGGUUUAGAAGUUUGGCUAUCGGCUUCCGUGGAAGGAAAUUUUGUGUUCGACACAAAAGACAGCCAGAAACUGCACUCUGCUUUACGCCUAGCGCGCAAAAUAAUUCAGCAAGACCCAUCUAGUGGAGUCCCCUCGGAUGUGUUGGAAGUGAUGGAUAAAUUGAUAAGGCAGUUUUCGUCCACGGCAGAUUCUGGCUUGGGCGCAGAGAUAACAGGGCCUCACAGUAUGGGACCAGUGGUCACCCAAGUGCUAGAGAGCGCACAACGAGCGCAAGGAAUAGUCGGUUUGCCCAGCUAUACUGUCACGGAGACGUUGUUCAGCAACUCGGAACUUCUCACGGACGAGAAACCGGACAUGCACGGUCGGUACAGCGAAACUUGGAGCUCCACAGGGCUGAACUCCAACACAACAGAAGACGCCGUGUCAGAUCGGUUAGAUGUCGAGAGUGCACCGCAGUUUCUCAAGGAGGCGCAUCAUUGUAGACAGACGACUUAUUGUGACGAGUUACAGCGCGAUCUGCAUCCUACGGUGCACAAUACCACCGCUCCGAACUCCGUGGCCUGUACGAGAAGUGUCGGAACAGCAGCACCUGAAGAACACCCCACUAAAAAUACUCGCUCUGUCCAAGUGACAGAACAGAAUCCUGCAACAGAAUCACGUGAACAUACCAUCUCUAGUUCACUUCUGACUUCCGUUGCAGAGGAGCAGAAGCGCCUGAAAGUUUGGGAGCGACUUGUUGAAAGCCGCCUCACGCAAGCUUGCAAUCGUGUCGAAGGUCUACUCGCACAGAUUCCGCAAGUCCAAAGGGAAGAAGAAAAGCCAACAGAAGGCGCAGGUACAGCCAAAACGGAAGAACUGCACAACUUACGUAGUGAAGUGUUACUGUUGAAGGCACAGUUGAAACAAGUCCUCCGGCAACUGCAGUCAGCGGAAAGGUUCAAUCAAAGACAAACAAUGCUCACUGCUUCCAUGCAGCGUUUGAUGCAGCAGCAGCAAAGACAACUGUCGGUUCUCUCCAUGACGUCUAAAGGGCAUCAGCAGAGUGUGGAACACACACAGCAGGAAGCCCGCCAAACGUUUCCCGUGGAUAGUGCACAAAACAAGCUGAACCGAAUCUAUCAAAGCUCUGAUUGCCUCAAGAACAAGGUCACCGACUAUUUGUCUGGACCUGUGCAUGGAUCCCAGCUUAUAUUGUACAAACCAGUGAUGCCAACUGGUGUGGAUCCCUCAUGUUCACCACCAAAAGAACACAGAAUGUCUUCUCUGGAUCGUUUGCAUGAACUGAUCGAGAUUAGGAGAGCGGUCGUGGCCGGUUCACGAGAGGAACUUUGCCGUCUGGGUCUAUACUCAAGCAUACCUCCAAAAGUGCCAAAACCAGAUGUUUCUUCCGAUUAUCCCAUCCCAGAUGCGUGCAGCAGUGGCAGGGCGAGCAGUGAGCAAAGAGAAAUGGUCGGUCCUCGUGUACUCCGUGGCCUCGUUGAACGACAGCGGAACUACGGCAGACAUUUACUUUGCUGGUCCACUUAUGAACACGACCAAAGCAUCCCUGUGUUAGACCAGCUGGAGCGUCGCUUGACCAAGCUGGAGCAGCAGCUGACCAAUUCAGAGAGGACAUCCAAUGCUGAACUUGCCAGCGAGUUCGGAUAG